AUGCAUUCAAAACUAGUCAUUAUUGGCUCGGGGCCUGCAGGCCACACCGCAGCUAUCUAUGCUGCGCGCGCCGACCUGAAGCCUGUCAUGUACGAGGGCUUCAUGGCUCUGGGUAUCGCUGCUGGAGGCCAAUUGACCACUACAGAUGAAGUAGAGAACUUUCCUGGUUUCACAAAGAUCCAGGGAGGGAAGCUCAUGGAACAAAUGCGUGAGCAGUCUGAAGAAUGCGGUACCGAGAUCAUUUCCCAGACCGUCGCGAAGGUCGACCUCAAAUCGCGUCCUUUCAAAUACUGGCUCCACCCCAUGGGUGACGAUGAUGUGAUUGAGGAGGAGGAACACACCGCCGAAGCGAUAAUCGUCGCAACUGGCGCAAAGGCAAGGCGAUUAGGCCUGGAAGGCGAGGAGAAGUUCUGGGGCAACGGCGUCUCCGCAUGCGCAGUCUGCGAUGGCUCACUACCCAUGUUCAGGAAUCAGCCUCUGGUUGUCAUCGGCGGCGGCGACUCAGCAGUCGAGGAGGCGCUAUACCUCACUAAGAAAGCAAAGAAGGUCUACGUCCUCGUACGAAGGGACAAGCUCCGAGCCAGCAGGACAAACGCUCGCCGCCUGACUACACACCCCAAGGUCGAAGUUAUGUUCAACACGGGCGCGACCGAGAUCAAAGGCGAGGAGAAGAAGAACGGACUCAUGACCCACUUGGUGGUUCGCAACAACGAAACCAAGGAAGAGAAGAGUAUCGAGGCGAAGGGCUUGUUUUACGCUGUCGGACACGACCCUGCGACGGGCCUGUUCAAGGAUCAGCUUGAUAUGGACGAGGAUGGCUACCUGAUCACCAAGCCCGGAGAAGGACUUACCAGUGUGGAAGGUGUUUUCGCUGCUGGUGACGUCCAAGAUAAGCGAUACCGACAGGCCAUUACCAGUGCAGGUUCCGGAUGCAUUGCUGCCCUCGAAGCCGAGAAGUGGCUCGCUGAGCGCGACGAGAAUGUUGGUAACGAGCUUGAAACCGAGAACCAGGCCGAGAAAUCCCAGACCAACGGCGUUGUACCUGAGUACCGCUCCAACCCGCUGUUGUAA